AUGUCAGGAGAUCAAGUUGUGGCACUCAUAUGUUGUUUGCCGAAUAAUGAUUCAAAUGCUAAUGUGGAUUUUAGUAUUGCGCCGCAAAAUGCUUUGUUUUUGUCAAGAGAAAUUUCGUUUGAAGAGUUAUCAAAUGAGAUAAAAAUUUGCCUAAACGUAAGUCAUGAUGAGGAUAUUAUGCUUUGGGGAAAAUAUCACCAAAAUCCAUCCCAACAAGUUCGUGGCCCUUCCACCCGCAGAACACGUGUAGAUAGACGACCGACGGUUGAACAAGUAGAUGCUCCUGAGUUGGACAUUGGUGAUUAUGAUUCUGAUGGAAGUAGUGAUACUAGUGGAAUUGGUGAUGGGGUUGAUUAUUGGGAUACUCCAGAUGAUUCGGCGGAAUAUGUGCCACCUAGUGACCGUCAGUCGUCAUCGAUGCCACCACAAUGGCAGUCAUAUGUUCAACGUUCGGAUGAUGCGACUUGGUAUGACGAUGUUCCACAGCCCAGUCAAUAUUAUCAAUCUCCAAGUUCGGCCCUCCAGAUUGGAAUGAUGUUCGGUAGUUACAAAGAUUUGCACAAUUUGGUGACAAAUCACAAUCUUGCACAACACCAACACUUCAAGACCUCAUUUAAGAAAGGACACUGCUGGAAGGCUACAUGUUUGUAUCCUGUUCAAUGCUCGUGGACGAUCAAUGCCGGCAAAAUUUCCAAUAUGGAUCAGUGGAUUAUUAAAAAGUUGAAUGACAACCACACUUGUCGUGUUGAUUACACCGAAGGCGGAGAAGAUUAUAUCCUGACUAGUAGGGUCAUCGGUGAUUUGAUUUUGCCAAAAAUAGAAGAAGAUCCUACCUACAAAAUCAAAUAUAUACAACAAGAUGUGAAGACCAAGUGGGGAGUAGAUGUUGGUUACAAAAAGGCAUGGUAUGGAAGAGUGCGGACUUUGGAAACAUUGUAUGGGAAGUGGGAUGAGUCCUACAACGAACUACCGCAGUUGUUAAUGGCAUUGCAACAAACAAACCCUGGUUCUGUUAUUGAAUUCGUUACCAACCCAACAAGUGAUUCGAAUGCGUUCAGAUUUAAGUACGCGUUCAGGGCAUUUAAGGCCGCAAUUGACGGAUUCAAAUACUGUUUGCCCGUCAUUACAAUUGAUGGAACUCAUUUGUAUGGGAAGUAUGGAGGCCACCUACUGCUAGCAGUUUCAAUGAAUGGCAACAAAGAGAUUUUUCCAAUCGUGUACUCAAUAGUGGAUGGUGAGACCGAAGAUAGUUGGACUUGGUUUAUGAAGUUGCUGGCACAACAUGUGUUUGGUAAUGUUGAACACAUAUGUAUUAUAUCUGAUCGACAUGGUGGUAUUGAUGUUGCAUUUCGGGAUUUUCCAGAAUUGAGAUGUGCUAUGGAUACAAGGGCAUUUGAUGCGACUAUGAAGAAAAUACGUGUCAUUGAUGAUGGGGCUUAUAACUACUUGAUGGCAAUUCCUGAACGCUUUUGGGCACUAAGUCACGAUGGUGGUUUUCGGCAUGGGUUAAUGACAACCAAUAGUUCCGAAUCAUUCAAUAACAACUUGAAGGGUUGUCGUGUUUUGCCCGUAGCAGCGUUGGUUAAAAAGACCUACGAAAAACUUUCUUUGAUGUUCGCACAUCGACGUACCCAGGGCUUAAUAAUGCAACAAGCAGGACUACCAUGGCCACGGACAAUUUUUGAUGAGAUGUUAAAUCGAGAAAAACACAAAUACCAGGCGCGUUUUAGACGUCAUGAUGAUGUUCAAGGCCUUUAUUCUGUAGCCAUUGAGAGAUCGGUAAACGCCUCCGGAAGGCCAAAUUAUGUUGGUGUAAACAUUAACGAAUGUGUUUGUAAUUGCGGCCAGUGGUCUGUAGAUGGGUUGCCAUGCGUUCACGCUCAUGUCGCAUGCCACUACGUGAGCCAAGUUGCGGAUGGAUUUGUCCCGGAGAAAUUCGCAAUUUCAAAGUAUAUUCUCUGUUAUGAAGGGAUUAUCAUGCCCUUGCUAGAGGAAGAGUAUUGGCCUUCAACGACAUUUCACUGCUUGCCUCCAGAUGUAUCCGUCGCAGUAAAUCGGCAGGGAGACGCCAAAUGA